AUGGUCUUCAGGUUUCUAGAUCUCCCAUCAGAGCUGCGCAACCGCAUCUACGAGAUCGUUGCGGCAGGCAAGGACGAGCCGCUGUCUAUAUCCCAACUACUUUUUAGAGAAGACGGCAAUUAUGCGGGCCUUACGAGAGCUUGUGCUCAGAUUCGAGCUGAAUAUCGACCAAUGCAGCGUCGCAGGGCCAAACUUUCCGUGGACUUUUCAGACCUUGAUGACUUUACUCGAACCUUUCUCACUUCAUCCGCGGACAUGAUGAUCCUUCCUCUUGAGGUUCACGUCCGUGUAUCUCUCAUCAAGCCAGGACGGACUCUUCAUUUCGACUCACUUCCAAUUCUCAAAGUCAAAGUUGAGAACCCCCGCUUGGACAUUAGGAUCGUGAUCGCUACUGUCCAAAAGGGGAUCCGUGUCAGAGGCGGUGGCCCGCAUGACGCGGCCGCUCUAGCAACUAUCGCCUUGACGCAAGCACAGGACCUGAACUCGCUGCUCCUUCAUUCAAACAAGGACUGGCACGCAUGUAUCAGCAACGGUUUCAUUGGCGAAGUCUACAUACAGAUGCAACGCGGGCUUACACAGGUUGAAAUUGUCUUCGUGGGUAAGCUUGGUUGGAGGGAAAUACCUAAAGAAAUAAGAGCCUCCGAGGAGUGGCUUAUCUCUCACGGCCUGCAGGCUUCGGCAUCACAGAGUCAUCGCAUCAACGUCACUUUCCUUCACUCCGUGGAGUAG